AUGCCAGACACGACGGCAAACCCUGCUGCUAGAGUCGAGGAAGACGAUGACGACUCAGUACAGAUCAUCGCUGAGAUUCACCCUGUCAGAAAGAGAGUUCGUAAUAAGGGACCAUCUGCAGUUGAAAAAAUGGGUAAUGGGAAAGAGAAUGCAGCCGAAGAGAACUCUACCCGUGAAUGUAGCUGUCAGGAGAUGUCGAAUUCUGGUGAUUUGCAGAGAGCAGCAAAUCGGAAGGCUGUGAACCGUUCCAAGGCAGCGCGUACCAUGCAGAGGAAAGAAAAACAUGGCGAGUCUACUCCGAUCAUCAGUGAGGUUCGCCCUGCGAGAAAGAGGGUUGGUGCCCGGCGCCGACUUCAUGCUAAAGUCAAAGAAAGUAGAAGAAAGAACGUAGCCCGAGCGAAGUCCACCCGUAAAUCUGUACGUCAGUUGUCUUCGGGUUGUGGUAAUUUAAGACAAGCAGUAAAUGAACCGGGAGUUAGCUCUUCCCAGAUGUCAGCGAAACGAAAACAUGACGACUCGAUGGAGGUUGUUGAUGAGAACGAACCUCCGACAAAGAAAGUUCGACAUCCUUACCCGUUUCAAGCUGAAAUGAUUAGAAAUUGGAAGGAGAAGGUAACAGAAGCGAUGAGCCGUGAGUUUGGACGUCAGCAAUCUUCGACUUCCGGCUAUCCACAAAAUGAAGCAUAUCAACCGGCUGUUAAUCGCAUCCAGAUGGCGGGUGCUACCGAAUUCAAGGACAAACAUUACGAGUCAAUACCGAUUAUGAAUCACGUUAACCCUACGAGAGACAGGGAUGGCACUCACUGCCAGUUCAAUGAUGAAAUGAUGGAUAAUCGAAAUGCGAAUGUUACCGAAAGGUUGUUCAAUUGUGAAUAUGGAGGUCAGCAAUCGUCCACUUCUGGCUAUCCACAAUAUGAAGUAUAUCAACCGGCUGUUAAUCGCUUCCAGAUGCAGGAUAUGACUGAAUUCAAUAAUAAACGUUACGAGUCAGCACCGAUUAUGAGUCAAGUUUACCCUGUGAGAGACAGGGAUGGCACUCAGUGUCUAUUCAAUCUUGAAAUGAUGGAAAACAGAUAUUCGAACGUUACUGAGGCAAUAUUCAAUCGUGAAUAUGGAGGUCAGCAAUCGACUAGUUCUGGAUAUCCACAAUAUGAAGUAUAUCAACCGGAUGUCAAUCACUUCCAGAUGGGGAGUACUACCGAAUUCGAGGAUAAACAUUACGAGUCAGUACCGACUCUGAAUCAGCCUUACCCUACGAGAGAGGGGGAUGGCACUCGGUGCGUAUUCAAUGAUGAAAUGAUGGAAAAUAGAAAUGCAAAUGUUACCGAAGCACUGUUCAAUUGUGAAUAUAGAGGUCAGCAAUCGUCCAGUUCUGGAUAUCCACAAUAUGAAGUAUAUCAACCGGAUGUUAAUCACUUGCAGAUGGGGAGCGCUACUGAAUUCAAGGAUAAGCGUUACGAAUCAGAACCAAUUAUGAACCAGAUUUACGCUGCGAGAGACAGGAAUGGUACUCAGUGCCUGUUCAAUUCUGAAAUGAUGGAAAAAAGAAAUGCGAAUGUUACCGAAGCAGUAUUCAAUUGUGAAUAUGGAGAUCAGCAAUUGUGGAGUUCCGGCUAUCCACAAUAUGAAGUAUAUCAACCGGCUGUUAAUCGUUUCCAGAUGGCGGGUGCUACUGGACUUCAGGAUAAACGUUGCGAG